AUGGCGAAAGAUACGGAGAGAAAGAGGAAGUUGGAGGAGCAGACGGAGCACACACCGAAGAGGUUGAAGCAAUCGCAGGCGGACUCGGCGAAGAAGACGAAUAGUAGAGGCAAUGCAAGUCCGCAGGUUCAGGUACCGAGACAUGAUGGUUCAAAGAAAGUCACAAAAGGCUCUACAUCUUCGAAGAAAGGAGCGCCCGCCGAUGCGCAUGAUUCUCCUGGCCCAAAUGCUGCUGUCAAGCAAGCAACCCCAAAUUCGAGAAAGAGCGACAUGGGUGUAGCAGAGCAAGAGAGUGACCCAUCCUCCAACGCGGCUCCCGUGGAGAACCGAAAUGUCAAAGUGGUGGAAAGAAAGAACAAGAAAGAAAGGAGGAGAGAAUCGGUGCAGGCGAGCGAGGACAUUUCAAUCGUGUCAAACGCAGACGAGGAUACAUCUAUGGUCGAUUCUGUAACGCCAAAAGCCAAUGCGAAGUUGUCGAAGAAAGUAGAGGAAGGCGUUGAAGCAGAUGCAGGCGCAUCGACGAGAUUCAGAUCGAAAGAAGACAAGAAGCAACGAUUACGCGACAAGAAGGCUAGGCGGAAGGCAGAGCGAGAGGUUAAGGCCGGUAUCAAAGAGGAUGAGCAGCUGUCUGCACCCAAUGAACAUGGCUGGUGGCUCUCUCCGCCCUCGGCAGGACGCUAUAUCAGCCACGAUCCCAUUUUCGUUACAGACGAGAAUGGUGACGAGUGUUUGAUUGCAGCAACCAUCCGAGAAGUGCAACUCCUGCAUCUUGACAACUCAUUGGUCUCGCGUACACACAUCGUCCCUGACGGCAGAGCUGUGCAAUGCUUCUCGCUGAGCGCCAAGUACGCUGACCAUGUGGAUAUUGCCUACGACAAUGGAGCGAAGAUUCAAUGGAACUGGACUACUGGCGUAACCUCUGACUCAACGUACCCCGGACAAGAGGCUGUCAUAGCCAGCACUACAGCACAGGUCUUAGAUGGCGUACCCGAAUCAUUUUAUAUCAGCCAUGCACAGGGCAGCUACAACAUCAAUGGUGGACGGAAGCUGCUUUAUUCCACAUAUCGCCCGAUUCGAAGUAUCCAGGUGACGCAGAACGCAUCCUUCAUCAUCUGCUUUGGCACCACCGCCCUCAUUCUUGGCAGGAGGAAGGAGCAGACAGACACAUACGUCUGGCUGGAGAUGCCAAUGACGGUUCCGCCUCAGUGUGUGGAUGCUAAAGCAAUUCUCACAACGUCAAAGAAGAAUAAAGUGCAGCCAGCGGAAUUGGUGUUUGCAGUCGGCAAUGCAGAUGGCAAGAUUCACGUCUACUCAGACCUUGCCUCUCUCUUCGGCAAGCCUCACACUGCGGCAUUGCCUGCGCCUCGAAUCCUGCAUUGGCAUCGGGAGGCAGUAUCCACAGUCAAAUUUUCGCGAGAUGGCAACUACCUCAUAUCAGGUGGCAAAGAGUCCGUCAUGGUGAUCUGGCAACUCGAAACAGGUCACAAGCAGUUCGUGCCCCAUCUUACUGCCGAGGUCGAGCGAAUUGUUGUUUCGCCGGAUGGUACUCGCUACGCCGUGCAGAUGGGUGACAACUCCAUCAUGGUCUUGAGCACCACCGAGCUGAAACCUGUGGCCAACUUUGCGGGCCUGCAGCUUCCGGUUCAGACCGAAACUGGCCUGGUAGAUGGCGUUCAGAUGCCAGUCACAGCUGCUGUUCUUCACCCUAGCGAUCCCACUCAGCUGCUCUUGACUGUGCCAUCAACCCAGCCAAAGAACGCACGAGAUAUAAGUACGCGACCUUUCCUGCAAACCUUUGAUGUACGCGAUUCUCGCCACAUCAGCCGACAAGCCCUGUCGCGAAACAACGUGACUGAUUUCAACCUUGGACCUGAAGGUACGCCAAUCAUGCCUCCAGAUGUAUCGCACCUCGCUGUAAGCGCCGAUGGCCAAUGGCUUGCAACCAUCGACGAGUGGAUUAUCCCCGGAAGCGACCUAGAGCAUGCUGUGGCGAAGACUACUGCACUUGGACCCCAUGAUAUCAUGGAGCUGAAGGAGCAACAGGCGAAGAGGCGCGAAGUCUAUCUCAAGUUCUGGAAAUGGAACGCCAAUCAAGAAAUGUGGACGUUGAGUACAAGAGUCGACGGGCCACAUGACCGUGCGGCGAAUGCUGAUCUUGGCGCGGGUGCUGGGAGCGUCCUGCAAUUGAAGUCCGACCCGGUCUCAAAUAGCUUCGCGACUGUCGGCCAAGAUGGCGCUGUCAAGUUAUGGAAACCCCGAAUCAGAAUGAGGCAUGGCGUGCCUGUAAAGGAAGAGGAUGGAUCUGACUUUGUCGAAUGGGCCUGCAAAAAGACCGUUGCACUGCCAGUCACUGCAGAGGUUGAUGAUGACCCGGCCGAUUCUGCAGUCGAAAUGUCAGAUGGACCAGAGGACGCGCCAAAGACCUUGGCGACUGUCGUCACGUCCUUCCCCUCGAGAACACUUUCAGUCGUGGAUGCUGGCUUAGCCUUUUCUCCCGAUGGCUCCACGAUCGCCUGCAGCACAAGAACUACCGACGAGCCAAUGCACCCUCUCGUCCACUUUCUCGACGCAACGACUGGCGCCAUCACUGCCACAAAGUCCGGCAUCGUGCCUUCAGACCAAGAAGUGAAAGACCUGGGCUUCCUCGACCGCUACCUCAUCGUCCUAAACUACAGUUCCAUCCGUGUCUGGAACCUAGUCGACGAUAGCCAACACUAUACAAUCGCCCUGCAAGGCCACGCUGAAGAUCAACAAGAAGCCAAGCUAGCCAUCAACCAAACAGACGGCACCUUCGCCGUCGUCUCAUCGAUUUUAAAUGAAGAAGACAACUCCGAAAUACUCCCACAAAUCGCCGUGUAUCGUCCCAAACACACCGAUGCCCUUUUCGAAGCAGCUCUCGAAUGCGUGCCUAGCGCUCUUCUAGCCGGGAACAAUGUCAGAGGUUACACCAUCCUCUUCGAAGACGGCACGAUUCGAUCACUUAGCAGUGCUGUACCUACCACUCGUCGUUUAUCCCUUGCACUCGACGCAGCAGAGGAAAACGCCAUCGAAGAAGGCGAUACCACGGCUACAACAUCCGCACUAUCCCUUCUCCAAGAAGACACAAACGCAGAAGAAAUUCAAUCUGCCACCGCACAACUCACACUCGGAGGUGAACCUGAAGACGACAGAAGUGUCGUACGACCAGAGCAAUUAUCGAGCAUUUUCGAUGUCGGAGGAAUCCCCCCUGUGCGGGAUAUCUUUCAUGCUGUUGUUGGACUUUAUGCUAGGAAGCCUCGAAAAUUGGCAAUGGAGAUGGAGUUGGCUUAG